UUGUUAUCAGUGGCUUUGCCAUCCGCUUGGGGUAUGUACUCCUCCGGUGAUGGUGUCGUUGAAUUGACACCCACCAAUUUCGAUCGCCUCGUCGUUCAGGAUGAUGCCAUUUGGGUAGUUGAAUUCUAUGCCAACUGGUGUGGACAUUGUCAAAGCCUGGCUCCUGAAUACAAAAAAUUGGCCAAAGCGUUGAAGGGCGUCAUUAAAGUUGGUGCCGUCGAUGCCGAUGAACACAAAUCAUUGGGCGGUCAAUAUGGUGUACGCGGUUUCCCCACCAUAAAGAUCUUUGGUGCAAACAAACGCUCACCCACAGAUUACAACGGCCAACGCACAGCUAAGGCUAUUGCGGAGGCGGCUUUGGCCGAAGCUAAGAAGAAGGUACAAGCUGCUUUUGGAGGCGGUAGCAGCGGCAGCAGCUCUUCUGGCAGUGAUAGCGGCAGUGGUGAUGUCAUUGUAUUGACUGAUGAAAACUUCGAUAAACUGGUGUUGCAAUCCGAGGAUGAUUGGUUGGUUGAAUUCUUUGCUCCAUGGUGUGGUCAUUGCAAGAAUUUGGCACCCGAGUGGGCUAGAGCUGCUACAGAAUUGAAGGGCAAGGUUAAAUUGGGCGCUUUGGAUGCCACUGUUCACCAGAGCAAGGCUGCUGAAUACAAUGUCCGCGGUUAUCCCACCAUCAAAUAUUUCCCAGCUGGCAAGAAAUCCUCAUCUGAUGCCCAAGAAUAUGAUGGUGGCCGUACUUCCUCGGAUAUCGUUACCUGGGCUUUGGAUAAACACGCUGCCAAUGUUCCACCUCCAGAGUUGGUCGAAAUCAUCGAUGAAACUUCAUUUGAUUCCGCCUGCGAAGGCAAGCCAUUGUGCGUUAUCUCAGUUUUGCCCCACAUUCUCGACUGUGAUGCUAAGUGCCGUAACAAAUUCUUGUCUACCCUUCGUGAAUUGGGUGAAAAAUUCAAACAGAAGGCCUGGGGUUGGGCUUGGGCUGAAGCUGUGGCUCAACCUGAAUUGGAAUCGGCUUUGGAAAUCGGCGGUUUCGGUUAUCCCGCCAUGGCUGUGGUUAAUUUCAAGAAAAUGAAAUACGCUGUCCUCAAGGGAUCCUUCUCCAAGGAUGGUAUUAAUGAAUUCUUACGUGAUAUUUCCUUUGGCCGUGGUCAAACAGCACCCGUCAAGGGAGCUAAGAAACCUGCCAUUAACACUGUACCUGCCUGGGAUGGUAAAGAUGGUCAAUUGCCCGUUGAAGAGGAUAUUGAUCUUUCCGAUGUUGAUUUGGAUGACGACAUUAAGGAUGAAUUGUAAAGAGGUUCUAUAGUUUUUAAGUACAACAAUAACAACAAAAUUCCACCAACAACUUCUUCCUCAUUUCAUACUGUAUUUUAUAACCAAAUCACUUAAUUCUGUUUCAUUAAAAGACUGUCAUUAAUUUCAUAGAUUAUUUUUUAUAAAAAAAAAAACUAAAUAUAAUUAAAUUAAAUAAAAACAUAAAACAUUAGUAAAGCCAAUG